UGUUUACCCUGGCUGGCUGAUCUGUGUGUCGUAUCGCUGGCUAGCUUGACCCGGCUACACAACAACACGGAACACCAUUUGUUUGCUGCUGCAAAGUGUUCUUGCUCCAGCCAUUCAGGAAGUUUGAGUACUGACGAAUUCCAUUCUGUAAUGGGUGAAGACAACCAGGCCAGAGACCAACGACGUAUUAACAAGGAAAACCAGGAUCACCGCGUUGGGCAAAAGAGGCGAUUGGAUUUUACUUGUCAUUCAGCGUGGUGGACACAGAUAUUCAACGCAAACAAAUUGGUUAUCAUACUUUUCUUAUACCUCACACUACCAAACUGGAUCCCAACUUCUACUGCCCUUCAAGCCUCGUCCACUUAUUCGGGACAAAGAAAAGCUAGUCAAAAAAACUAUUCUUUAUUUUCUUUAACAAAAGUCCCUACGAAUGCGCAACAAAUGCGCUUGUUCUGUCGAGUUGGGCUCUUUUUGUCAAUGAACAGAAAUGGAACUGUAUCAGGGGUGCUUCAAAAGAAUGGCACACAAGAAAUCUUUGAGCUCCAGUCAUUUGGUACGAGCAUCGUCAGAAUAAAACACAAAGUAACUGGACUUUUCGUAGCCAUGAACAAUAAGGGAAAAGUCAAAGGACAGAGAAACGCUGUAUCAUCUAAAGACUUGUACUUUUAUCUUAACCACGAAGAAAACGCUUUUGUAUCGUUUGCUUCAUUUUAUCACAAAAAGAAAAAGAAAUCAUUGGAAAUGUUCUUAGGAAUAAAACGAGGAGGCGAGGUAAAGAACGGCAAACAAACUUCUACGGGACAGGACUCAAUUGAAUUUCUGUCGCUUGAUAUUUCCUAGAAUAGUGAACUGAAUGGUUAUGCUAGAAACGAAAAGUCUUGCCGGAGUCUAUGGUACUUACUGCACCAUGACAGGCGUAGAUUCCAUCAGACAAUAGUAUUUAACCAAAGAUAAUCUGACAUCAAUAUUCCAUACAGUAUUUAUAGCUAUUUAUAGAGGAUAAAUAUUUAGCGAAGAUUAUCUGUCUGACCUCACCUCAUAUUAGGGAUGUGAACGUGAGUUAUUGCCAUCGGCUUAUCGAACAAAUCCUGUCCUGUAUCUCAGAGUGAGCACUGGCUCAAUGUCUUAUAGAGGGCUGCGCUUUCUGUAUGUCUAAUGAUAUACAUUAAAACUAUGUCAUAGCCA